GAACAAUUAUCGCAUCUGGAGACUGCAUGCAAUCUUCUGUGACAACGCUGCAAAGAUAAGGAAAGACUCCAUGCUUAUGAGGCUGGGCAUCGGUGGUAUUACAAUCAACAGACCAGAUCCCUCUACCGUGGAUCGCGCGACCAAUAAGGCAAAAUUGGCGGCCCCAAAUCAUAACUUGACCGGCAUCACCGAAUUUACGUCCGGAAGUUCUCUGAAAGGGUGGCAGUCAGACUAUGAUCGUGUGCAGGUUGGCAAGGGCAAGCAAGCCUACAGAAAAGCAAAGGAUUUUGUGAGUGAAUGGCAGCACAUGGGACUGGGUUGGGUGGACACCAACCGGCCAGCAGUCAAGGUGGGGGAGCAUGUGAUCGUCAUGGCACAAGUUCUGGGGCUCUUGUGGAUGUGCAAUCCACUGCGCAUCCUGUAUGCCAAGGAAGAGAAGGGUUUGAUCCCUGCUGCAGCAAUGCUGAGAGCUCGACGCCAACCAGCCUGCACCAGUAGAGGCCUGCGCUUUGACCUUGGGCAGACAACUCUUGAGGGUCACAGCCUGGCUGGAGAGGAGCGCUUCUCUGUACAGUGGUCCAAGGAAGAUGACAGUGUCUGGUACGAGAUAUAUGCUAUCAGCAGACCUGCAACCUUGUUGGCGCUAGCGAGCUACCCAUUAACAAGAUAUUACCAGCAGAGAUUCCGGCGAGAAUCAAUGGCUGCAGUGCAACGUGCAGCGGAGUGCAUUUGAUAUUACAGUGUUGUCUUCAUGAACCAUUGAAGAGCCUCAAAGGCCUGACCUGACCAUCGAUGUCACUAAGAUGCCGUUUUCUGCCAUUUGGAAGGACAAUUGUGAAUUUAUGGAAUGUGAUCAAGAAUGCUGUAUGCUCUUGAGCGUGCGAGAGUGUUGGCUAUUCAAGCCGCUGUUUUCAUGUGGCACAUGCCGUGCGCUGCAGUGAAUGUUUACAGUCCAAAACGCAGCCAAAAAACUAGAAGCACAAAAAAUAUGUCGCCAGGCCCUGCAAUGGACUCUAGGAUAUUGUAAUACACUCACAGC